GCCUAGUACCCAUCUCGGCCUCCCUCGGCUCCAUCGCCAGCCGCUCCACUCCUCCUCGGCUUUGCAAACCCUAACUGCCCCGCCGCCAAGCGCCCCUCCCAUGGCGGACGUCGUAGACCCCAGCCCCGGGGCGCCCCGCCCGCUGCCUCCGCCGCCCGACAGCCCCAGCCCCGAGGACCGCCCCGUGCCGCUGCCCCCGCCCCCGCCCCCGCCGCCCGGCGGGCCCCCGCCCACCCGCAAGCGGAGCCGCUCGCCCCCGCGGCCCUCCCUGCCGCCGCCGCCGCCCAUCGGCUCCUCGCGCCCCGAGCGCAUCCGCGACCGCGACCGCCGCGGCUCGCGCAGUCCCCCGCCGCGCCGCCGCCACUCGCCGCCGUCCAGGAGGUCCCCGUCGCCGCCCUUCAAGCGGUCCAGGCGGGACGACGGGUACGACCGCCGCGGAGGCCGCGGCAGCCCCCCACCACGGUACGACCGUGGCGGAGGCAGAGGUGGGUACGACGAUGACCGGCACCACGGCAGGCAUCGUGCUUCAGAUUGGCCUGAUUCUAGAUUCGGGGCACCGAAUGAUGGUCCUGGGAAUACCCAAAGGGAAGGCUUAAUGACCUACAAACAGUUCAUUCAAGUUCUUGAGGAUGAUGUAUCACCAGCUGAAGCUGAGAGCAGGUACCAAGAGUACAAGACGGAGUACAUCACUACCCAGAAACGUGCUUAUUUUGAUCUCCACAAGAAUGAGGACUGGUUGAAAGACAAGUACCAUCCAACCAACUUAUUAUCUGUUAUUGAAAGGAGGAAUGAACGCUGUAAAGUAGUCGCUAAGGACUUCUUUCUUGAUUUGCAAAAUGGAACUCUGGACCUUGGCCCUGGAAUAAUUGCGUCUGCAGCAAAUAAAUCAGAAAAUGGCAAUGAUGGAAACUCCGAGGAUGAUGCAGAUGGUGACAGAAGAAGAAAACAAAGCAGAGGUUCUUCAAAAGAAACAGAUCCUCUUUCUGCUGCUCCUAAGGCUCAUCCGGUCAGCUCUGAACCUCGACGAAUUCAAACUGACAUAGAACGAACCCUAGGUCUUGUCCGUAGGCUGGACACCGAGAAGGGUAUUCAGGGAAAUGUCUUGUCAAGUGGUGAUCAUGAGAAGUCGGAUGUUGACAAAUCACAUAUGGGAUCUAUGGGCCCUAUAGUUAUAGUCCGAGGCUUAACAACUGUCAAGGGCCUUGAAGGUGUUGAGCUCCUUGACACCCUUCUUACAUAUUUAUGGCGUAUUCAUGGAGUUGAUUACUAUGGCAUGUCCGAGACGAACGAGGCAAAAGGCCUUCGUCAUGUGAGAACUGAUAAUAAGACUCCUAGUACAACUAAUAUCAAUGCUGCUGAUUGGGAGAAGAAGCUGGAUACUUACUGGCAGGAAAGGUUGACUGGUCAAGAUCCCAUGGUUAUAUUAACGGCCAAGGAUAAAAUUGAUGCAGCAGCUGCUGAAGUCCUUGAACCUCAUGUCAGGAAAAUAAGGGAUGAGAAGUAUGGAUGGAAAUAUGGCUGUGGAGCCAAGGGCUGUACAAAACUUUUCCAUGCUCCUGAGUUUGUUUACAAGCAUUUGAGGCUCAAGCAUCCAGAGAUUGUGUUGGAAGUUACUUCAAACCUCCGGGAGGAUAUUUAUUCCCAAAAUUACAUGAGUGACCCUAAUGCACCAGGUGGAACACCAGUUAUGCAGCAAUCUGCAGCAGACAAAUCAAGGCGGAGAUCUGACAAUGGUAUGGAUAAUCGUCUGAGAUAUGACCGUGGCAAUCGCAGAGAAUAUGACAGGGCAGAUAGAGAUGGAGGCAGACAUGGUAGAGGUGAUGGCUCUCCAAGCCGUGAUGGACCUGACGAUCAGAUGUUUGAUUCCUUCCGUGGAAGAGGCUCCAAUGCUCCUUUUUCGGCUGAAUUCCCUGCUCCGCCGAUAUUGAUGCCUGUUCCCGGUGCCGGUCCAUUGGGACCAUUUGUUCCUGCACCUCCAGAAAUAGCCAUGCAUAUGCUGAGAGAGCAAGGACCUUCCCCAUUCGAACCAAAUGGCGGACCUCAUGGCAACUCAGGAGUGCUUGGAUCUAUGAUGGGUGGGGGCCCAGCACCAAUUAUAGCCAUGCCACCAUCUUUCCAUCAUGAUCCUCGUCGUUUGCGAAGCUAUAAUGAUCUCGAUGCCCCCGACGAGGAAGUUACUGUUCUUGACUACAGAAGUUUGUAGGCUGUGUCCUGCCAUACAGGCAAUCUUGCCAAUGCCCAACACUCGCUAGCAUCUCCAUUUGCGUUGAGGUUUUUGGACCUCCCAUUAGAAUGAGGACGUAUUUUUAUUUCCUGCGAAGAGGCAUAGGAGGAAGAUAUGUUAUUUUUUGAGGACGCCUGUAAUGUGUUGUGAGUUUUAGCUUAAAUGGCUGGAACCUGAUAUUUGCUACUAUUAUGCAGUCACAGAAAAGGAUUGAACGUCUAUUUGAAACAACAUUUUUUUUGUCUUU